AUGUUGCACCUUCCCCCGACAGCACUCGGCUCGCCUGGUGACUGGGAGCUGCUCGCCCAGGGAGCAGCCAACUACGUCCUCCAGCGACAAGGGCCGGACCAAGAUCCCCCGGAUCUGGUGUCUGCCUUUCUUGAGACCCAGAUCUGGGCACCGUUCCUGCAAGGCCUGAAUUCAGGAAACCCGGCAGACCUGGAUGAGUCCUACGUCCGCCUGGUCAUGGGACCCUUGGUGGAUGCCAAGUACCUCCCUGUCCAGCACUGGGUCCCGGUGGAACCUGCCUUCCUCGUCACACUGGCGCAGAGGCCAUGCCUCGAGCGGCUGGAUGUUGAUGUGCGACGUGUCAUGCUGAUGCGCGACAGCCGCCUGCUGCCUGCCGACACCAGCAGCGGCCGGGACCUGCGCCCCCGCCCCACGGUCUCCGUCGAGAUCAAGCCCAAGUGGGGAGCGCUGCCGCACGCCCACACCGUGCCCCCUCAGCACCGAGCCGCCAAGCUGGGCGCCUCACGAUAUCAGCUGCACCAGCAUCUCAAGGCGGCCACCGGCGCCAUAGAAGUGCCCAGCGAGUAUGACCCCCUGGACCUCUUCUCCGGCGAAGCCGGCCGCGUCUGGACUGCACUGCAGGCCCUGGGCCGCUCACCGCAGAAUAACUUUCUCACAGCCGUGGACGGGAAGCCAGGAGGCCUGCACUCCGCAUCCGUCGCCCUGUUGGGCCCCUGCCGUGCUGUGCACGACACGCCUGGGGCGGCGCUGCUGACUGUGGUCCGGGACGUGCUCGUGCAAGAAGAUGCCCUGGCCCAAAUCCUGGAUGUACAGCGGCUCUGCUCCACGGACAUCCAUGCUGUGCAUGCGCAGUACCAGGCGCUGCUCGACGCGGCCUCGCCCGAGGUGCGCGAGCAGGGGAUCCUGCCGCCAACUCCAGCACUUGAGGCGGCCCUGAGCCUGCUGCGCGACUACCUUACCUCCUGCACGGCCCGUGACUGUGCCCUGCUCCUGGCGCUGCGGCGAGAAAGCUCUGGCGGGGGGCCCAUGCGGCCGCAGACGGCGGAGGCCCCGGGCCGGGUCACGCUCCAUGGCGGCGGCGCCGUGUUCUACCGUCUGACCGUGAUAGACCUGGACAGGAAGCCGGUGUCCAAGCUGGCGCGCCACCUGGCGCUGGACGCCGAGAUCAUGCGUGUGGCCGGUGGCAUCGAGCCCGCAGCCGACCACGACCUGGAGUGA